AUGGACAACAGGAGUGUGCUACCGCGCCCGGAUGCGCCGCGGCGGACCACGCAUCCUGCUGCUGCCCUGAAGAAGUCGCCUGUGCCUGCAGCCGUCGAUACCGACUCUUCGUCUAUUUCUCGUCCCAACAACAACAUCCACAACAACCCGUCCAGCUACAGCUCCAACAGCCUGCCUCUGCGGCCGCGCACCCAGACCCCCUAUACAAGGCCCCAUCUACGCUCCAGGUCGCACGCUUCUGCUCUCGCUCCUCCCAUGGCUCCGCGAGCACAUUCUCUUCCUUCGGUCCAUUCGGCCGGCCACCAAUAUCCUUCUUCUCCUUCGGCAUCGCCUUUGCUGCGCCCUUCGAGUCCCAUGUCUUCCUUGUCGCCGCGCCAGCCAUAUUCGCCCAACAUGCGACCGACUUCUCCUUUUCGUCCUCGAUCUCCCCUACCUUUGGAUGAAGCUUCCUAUGCCCAGCACUCUUCUACCUACGAUGGUGCUUUCCAAAGCAUUUCCGAGGAUGCCGAGCUCAGCAUAAUACCACGAUCUCAUCUCGACAAUCCACCCCAUCCGGCUCCCUUUGGACGCUCGCUAUCUCUGCGCCGACAACGACCAUCAUCUCCUCUGCACUCGCUCACACCUUCGGCCGCAACAUCCCGCUCAGCAUCCGCUACUUCCUCACCCGCCGUUGCUACAGCCCGCUUCAACGAAAAUUUUCCUCCGCUACAUCACUACUCCAGCAAUUCUUCCUUUUCGAGCAUCUCCACCACACCUUCCUCUGCUCGCUCGCGAUCGCCUAGUAUCUCAUCUCUCGAAACAAUCGAAGACAACCCCGACUUGGAGUGGGAGGCUAUCGAGGCCGACCGCUCGGCCAAGCAACGUGCUGCAGCAGAAGCCGAGGACCAAGGCAACGACAACGAGCCGCGACGAAGGGGCAGCUUGGAUCUCCCAGGCCACAGAAGUGUCGGUUUUGGCUUCGGCAGACGAGGUGGAGACGCCGGUCGAAAGAGAUGGAGUAUCUGUGGUGGUGAGAGGACAGUCGAUCUGGACCUCGAAACCAUUUGGGAGGAUUAA